UUUGGUUUGAGUUUCUGUUGUUUUGAAUUUUAUACCUGAGUGAAGUGUGAAAUUAAAAGAAUAUUUAUUCAUAGCAUUUGGAAGAAUUUAAUUAAGUAUACAACGCCUUUUAUAGUCAUUAUUUUCUAAUUGUAUCUAUUUGUUAACUAUGCUUCCAUUAUCAUUAUUACGGACGGCGCAAAACCAUCCUAUGCUUGUAGAGUUGAAAAAUGGUGAGACAUAUAAUGGUCAUUUAGUAAAUUGUGAUAACUGGAUGAAUAUUAAUCUUCGAGAAGUAAUCUGCACAUCACGAGAUGGUGAUAAAUUUUGGAGAAUGCCAGAAUGCUAUGUUAGAGGAAGUACAAUCAAAUAUAUGAGAAUACCUGAUGAAGUCAUUGAUAUGGUUAAAGAAGAGACUCUCUCUAAAGGAAGAGGGAGAGGUGAUAUGAAAAGAGGAGGAAUGGGACAAAGAGGUAGAGGAGGUGGAAGAGGUACCUUUGGAAAUAGAGGUGGUCGUGGCGGUGGCCAGCCAAGGGGUGCACCACAUGGGAGACCAGGUGGAAGGCCAAAACCUAAUUAAAAUCACAAAUUAAAGAAAAUAUUGAUCAUUCAUUUCAUCAUUUCAUUCUGAAAGGAAUAUGAUAGUAUCAUAUUAUUCUGUUACUAUGAUGUAAAUAUUAAUAAAAAAAUUCUGUAACAUU